UUAACUCAAAGCUGUCCCUGGUACUUGUAUUUGUUGUCAAAGUGGGUAGGCGUGUGUGAUCAUGGCGCUCCUGCAAUCCGUACAUCUUUUCAUUUAAAAACGUUCCUCUCUCACUUAGGAUCAACAUGUGCUACGCUGCGGUUUUAUUGACUCCUGUGGGCGUACACAGAGUAAAUCCGUGCCAUGUGGAGAUUUGGAAGCUAACUGCAUCCCUGUCGUCUAAGAGAUUAAAGUCCUUGACGUUUAUGUAUAAAUUCUUACUAUGUUGUCGGAGCGAGCCAUGCUAGAAACGUACAUCCUGGUCGCUGAGAUAUUCGGGAAUAAGCUGCACAUUUGAGUCUCUUGGAGGAAACGGCUGUGAUUGUUGACAUCAUGCAUACGGAUGUGGUGCUUCUCAUCAUGCUGCUCUGGAUCGUCGGGGUAUCUGGGCACAAGCGCCGCAGAGGGCAAAGUCUGCACCCGUAUAGACAAUUCAGAUUAACACAAGAGAUGUCUCCAACAGAAGGACCAAGUCACAAGAUUGGCAGCCCGAUAUUUAAGAGAAACCCAGAUAUAACCAAAGCACGAGGUACAAAGUCAGAGCAGCUGCUGAGAAUAGAUGACCAUGACUUUACAAUGCGACCAGGGUUUGGAGGGCCUGCUGUCCCAGUUGGAGUGGAUGUUCAGGUUGAAAGCCUGGAUGCGAUUUCAGAGGUUGAUAUGGAUUUUACUAUGACCUUGUAUCUAAGGCACUACUGGAAAGAUGAUCGUUUGUCUUUUAAAAGCAACACCAACCAGAGCAUGACCUUCGAUGGUCGCCUAGUAAAGAAAAUAUGGGUACCUGACAUGUUUUUUGUCCACUCCAAGAAGUCAUUCACACAUGACACUACCACAGACAACGUCAUGCUACGAGUUUACCCCGAUGGCAAAGUCCUUUACAGUCUCAGAGUAACAGUCACAGCCAUGUGUAGCAUGGACCUGAGUCGUUUUCCCCUUGACACACAAACAUGUUCGCUGGAGAUUGAGAGCUAUGCAUAUACUGAUGAUGACCUGCUGCUGUACUGGAAGAAAGGGAACAGGUCUUUAAACACAGAUGAGAAAAUUUCUCUCUCUCAGUUCCUCAUUCAGGAGUUCCAUAUUACCACAAAGCUUGCAUUCUACAGCAGUACAGGUUGGUACAAUCGUUUGUACAUUAACUUCACUCUACGACGGCACAUCUUCUUUUUCCUGCUGCAGACAUACUUUCCUGCCACCCUGAUGGUCAUGUUGUCCUGGGUGUCCUUCUGGAUUGACCGCAGGGCUGUCCCUGCCAGAGUGCCACUCGGUAUAACUACUGUGCUAACCAUGUCAACCAUCAUCACCGGAGUCAAUGCUUCCAUGCCCAGGGUGUCUUAUAUCAAAGCUGUGGAUGUUUACCUGUGGAUCAGCUUCGUCUUUGUCUUCCUGUCAGUCAUAGAAUAUGCUGCAGUCAACUACCUGUCCACUCUCCAGGAACGCAAGGAAAGGAAACUGCGUGAGAAGCUGCCAUGUACUUGCGGCAUAACUUAUCCUGGCAUGAUGUCAGCCAGCUAUAGUGAUGUCAACACCACAGGAAACUACGGCAUGCCAGAAGAGAAUGGAGUGAGAAGGGAAAGAAUGCUGGUUGAACUGGCCAUGGAGACUGACCAGGUGACUGGCCAUGUUGGCUCCAGUGCCUACAGCAGCAUCUGGAUUGAUACACAUGCCAUAGACAAGUACUCAAGGGUCAUCUUUCCUGGAGCUUAUAUCCUCUUCAACAUCAUCUACUGGUCUAUUUACUCCUAAACCUUAAAUGCAUCUGACAGAUGUGUGAAACAUCUGCCUUCUAAACAGGUGCACUUGUCAAAAAAUUGAGACUGAAACAUUUUCAUAUGUUCAUAUUAAAGUUUUGCAAAUAUAAGUUUUACACAUUAAGAAUAACAGAAAGAUGGACUGAAUCAAACAUAAUUUUAAGUAAACCUGAAUUCAGUAGACAGAUAUGUGUUUGUAUGAUUAACAUAUUUCACCUUAGUAAUGGACUCCAAGGGUUUUGGCUGGGCAGAAUCCCACUUGAGUUAAUACUACAAUAACUGUUGUGGGAAAUUGAAAAAAGGUAUCAACUACCCAUUUCAGAUAGCUUUAUAUAAGAUCUAAUUUGUGCUAGAUGGUUUUCAUUGUGCUACAGACCUUUUGAGUGUGAUGUAAUAUUAAAAUGGAGGCCAAACAACUGGAUUGAAAUGUACUGUAUGUAUUAGUCUGACAAUAUUGAACUUUAUUAAAAAUUGACCAUACUAAUACAAACUGCAGUUUUUUCUUGUCAAUAGUUGUACUGAAAAAGACUUGAAUCGUUUAUUGCAAAGAUACAGAAGAGACAGACAGGAUUAAAUACUAGGAGGGCCAAGUGUUUCAUCUAUAGGAGAACAAACACAACAAAUUCCUUUUUAAUAUUUUCUUGAAUCACAAGCUAAACUUGAAAAUCUAAUACCAGGGCAAGCAGAGCUCUCAAGCCUAAUGCAAUGAGCGUGAGACACACGCAUUCU